AUGUUGAGUAUGGUCACGUUAUCCCCCAGACUCCUCCGUGUCAUCUUCGUGCUUCUUUCCUUUUUCUUGGGAUAUGUGACUUUGUCGCAGCUUCCACAUACCUCAAAUUUCUUGAGUCAUGCCAGUCCGGCAUUAGAUCUCCUGCACGGGGCGCAAGUCGACUGGUCGCGAUUUGCAUACACCCAAUAUGCCACCGACAGAUCUUAUUUGUGCAACUCGUUGAUGAUCUUCGAGGCCCUACAUCGCCUUGGGAGUAAACCCGAUCGUGUGCUGUUGUAUUCGUCUGAAUUCAAUCUGUCUGAGGAUGAUGACUCGAAAGAAAGUCACAUGCUUCGCUUCGCGCGUGAUAACUACGGAGUCAAGCUCAAACCCAUUCAAGUUCAGCUUCGAGGAGGAGACGGUGCGCCAUGGGCAAAAAGUUACACCAAGCUUCUCGCCUUCAACCAGACGGAAUAUGACCGUGUCUUGAAUUUGGAUUCAGAUGCAACACUCUUCCAAUCCAUGGAUGAGUUAUUCUUGAUGCCAUCGAGUCCUAUCGCCAUGCCACGGGCGUACUGGAAAGAUGCAAGCGAGAAUCUCUUCACAUCUGCAUUGAUUCUGACCGAACCUUCCGCAGUUGAUUUCAACCAAAUGAUGGAGGCAAUCUUUGAAGCCAAUUACAGCACAACGUUUGAUAUGGAGAUUUUGAAUAAUCUGUACGGACCAACUGCUCUCACCAUCCCACAUCGACCUUAUAUCCUUUUGAGUGGCGAGUUACGAUCAGAUAACCACGCUGCGUACCUUGGAAAUACCCAAGAAAUAUGGAACUCCAAUGCCAUUCUUCAAGAGGCCAAAUAUGUGCACUUUUCGGACUGGCCGGUCCCGAAGCCUUGGUUUGAAGGUCGCAAAUAUGUCAUCGAGGAAGCACAGCCUCGUUGUGCAUUCGAUUUAUCGACUGGGCGGCAAGAUGAUUGCCGCACACAAAAGCUUUGGCUGGGGCUAUAUGACGACUUCAGACUGAGACGAAAGGUAGUGAAUGGGCUAAACCCAAGUUUUCUCGUCAAAUGA